AAUCAUCAUCAUUUCUGGUAAAUUAGUUUUGAAGUUAAACUUCAAGUUUAUUUAGAAAGGCCUUCUACAAAUUCAGUACAUAGUGUUUUCGGGAAGGAAAAGGAGCCAUACAUUAACAAGGGAAAAUAAAGAGAAAGGGCAAGAAGAAAUCAAAACAGCACAAAUGCAGAAGAUGCAAAUAAAUUUCAUAUUGAGAACACUAAACUGACUGAAAAGGUCAAAUUGGCAAUAUGAGUGCAAUCUGUUGUUGGCUUAGUUUUUCACCUCACUCAAAUAUAAUUUUUGACAAAUGGCUUAAGCUUAGAUUAGUUCAAACAAUUGUGCGUUGGCGCAAACUCUUUCUGUAGUCUGUUUUAGGUAAUGCAACCACAGCCACUGCUGCUUUUGUUAGAUCCAUCCCAUGUUUAUUGUGUCCAUUGUGUGCCAAAGCCCUUUGAUGUCCAACAAACUGGAGAACUUGAAGGCAUAGUCUUUUUUGUUCUGUUUUUUUAUCAUCCCGAUUUUUUAUUAUCAGAUUGCUUUAACAGAUUGCCACUGGUUUAUGAAUAACUAAAAUGCAAUAAAAAUAUCUGUAGAAUUUAUUGGUCAAUAAAUAUGUUACAGGCCUGUCAUUUGUUUAAUUCAUUAAAAUGUGCAGGUGUAAAAUGAUUGCAUAUGUUUAAUACUUACAAUCAGGUCCACAAUGUUUGGUAAAUUAGCUAAAAAACUUUACAAUGACAAACUGCUGCACCAAAGAUAAAAUUCUAAAUCAGUCUAAAUCAUAAAAAUGUUUCCUUCAUGAACCGACUCUUUGACCUCAGCCUUUAGCUGCUCUCAUGGAAAUAGAGCAUCACCUAGUGGACAAAAUUAGAAAUUACUGCUAUACACAUCAGACUCAGACAACAGCAUCAUAUUGCAACCCACUCUUGGUUUUCUUAAACAUUGGCCAUUGGCAGUUUGCUGCAAGUGACAUUUUGAUAAUUUUGUAGGGGAAAAGUCUCAAUUUUGAAUAGGUGUUGAUGUUGGGUUACAAUCAUGGGCGGAGUGGGAGGAUGGGUGGGGUCCAGGCCCAGAUGUUUUACAAAAAGCCCAGACUCUUAUAUGAAAUUUAUAAUAUAACUUCAACUUAGUGUUAUUUCCUUUCAGUCUCUCUGACUAGGCCAGCAAAGCAACGGAGCUCCAUUAGUGCUGUACUGCGGAAAUAGCCAGGUCGCCCUACAACUUGCAGAUCAUUCAGGCUUAUUGUGCAAAACACUUAGCAUCACAUGAAAAAUAUCAACAUUAUUAUGUGCAGUAAAGCCAUAUUUGCAUUCACCAGUGUCCAGGGGUGUAUUUGUACAACUAUAUGACACGUCAGUUUCUAAUUUUCUAAGGUUAUGUAACCACUAUUCCUUCGGUGCCAAGUUUACAUACAUUAAUCAACUACAACUGAACAUUCAAUCAAAAGUUAGACCGGCUUUAUGAGUAGUUCAUAAAGUUAUCAUGUUAAAAUUCAUUUAUUUACAAAAAAAAAACUGGUUGUAGUAUACUGCAAUAAAGGUUUAUGUCCAUAUGGAUCUAAAAAGAAAUUGCCAAAUCAGAACUUGUAAAACUUAUGGUAAGGCUCUUGAAAAAGUCAAAACGGUUUUUACUGUAUGUGGUUAGAUGAAAGAAUGUGUGGAAAAACUAAUAAAUGUUCUUGGGUGUGCUUUAGCCUCUCAAAUGGGAUGAUUUGGGUCCUUUGUCUGUCAUAUAUAUUAGUAAAAAAAAAAUUGUUGUUGUUUUGGAUUGUUAGUGCGAUGAAACAACAAAUUUGAAAGUUUCAUUUUGAGCUCUGGGAAACUCACAUUUGACAAACUACAACCCAAAGAUAAUUGACGUUCUUGCCUUCUCAGUCUGAUCAUUUUUGAUUUAUAUAUAAUUUAUUUAUUCAGAUUUUGCUGCUGAGAAAUUUUGUCCUUUCUCUAACACCGUAUAUCCCCCGUCACGUGACCACGCCCGUUUCCUGUUACUAUUGUAUUACACUUCCAUGUUUUUCGCCUUAAACAGCAACGGUAAUGUAAAUUACAGCGUUAAAACUGCGGCUGCUGUGUGAUUUCUCCCCACAUAACAAAGUUAGUUUAAUGUCUGCCCACGUCGCUUCAGCCAGCAAAGGUGCCAAACCGGCGGGGGGCAACAUGGCCAACUGUGUGGCUUUCCAGAGCAAGUUAACCUCGAUCAUGGAGAAGCUAGCUAAAGCGGCCGUGUUAGAAAUCAGCAGACUGUGGGAGGACGGCUUCGCCCUCGUCCAGGUCGAGCUUCGCCGGAGAGAGAACGAAAUUGAAGCCCUGAACACAAAGUUGAUGCUGAUGGAAAAUGAGCGACUGUCGAUCCUGUUUCAAGCACAGACUACAAAUCUGUCCUCAUCAUCAUCAUCAUCUUCUUCCAAGAGAGAGCAGCAGAACAAACUGCUGCCGCCCACCGGUGAUGGGCCUAUUAUAGAUUCAGUCCAGAAAUUAUGCUCCGAAGCGAGUGUCAGAGAGAGGCCGGACAGCUCAGCAAAUCACACACCACCACCACCACCACCCAUUCAGGCAGAAGAGCCGUGUGAGCAGCUCAAGUCUGACUAUUGUGAAAGGGACGACAUAGAUGAUGAAGACUUAAUAGUCAAGCUGGAGGACGAGGACGAUGUCCAGAUUGUGGAGCAGAUCCUGGACUCUGAUCACAGUGUUAACGAUGGAGCUGGUCACCACGAGAUGGAUCCUAACCACCAACCUGCCGAGGUCCUGGAAGAAAAAGAGAGCGAGCAGUGGACGACUGUUUCGAUGGGAGACAGCAACACUGUCGACGACUCGGACUGCGUUUUUGAGGCAAAGCAGCUGUCACAAAACCAGGACUCAGAAAUCCUGCUCAUUCAAAAUGCCUUGGACAUUUUCGAUAAUUCAGCAGAGACAGCAUAUUCUGACAGGUUUAUGAGAGAUAAUGGACAAGGUGCAUCAAGUAAAUCAAGGGCUUCUUUGACUUUAAGCCAAGCUCAGCCAAGUCAACCUAUAGAAGCAAUAAAUCACCCAGAGAGAGGAGUGUCCUUCAGAUUCCUCUCAGAGAAACCACCACAAACUAAAAACAUGUCCGCUUUUAACCCAGACAGCCGAUUAUUUCUCUUAAAUGACCCCGAGUUUCAUAAAACUAUAGCGAGUCGCCGCAUAAAGGAGAAAUGGUUCAUCUGCCCGUUCUGUGGGAAAAGCUUUGAUCGCGUCAGCCAUCUUGAGAUUCACCAGCGAAUUCACACAGGAGAGAAACCAUACACAUGCGACACAUGUGGCAAGUGUUUUUCUCAGAGGAGUAACCUUCGCACUCACCAGCGGACUCACAAAGAGGCUCUAUCCCAAAAUGCAGUUUGAUUUAAUAGAUUUUGAACAAUGUGGAAAGCUAGAAUUGUCUCUGUGGCAUUUAUGUCUAGAUUCAUUAACAAAUUCUUUGUAUUUUGAUAUGACCAAAACGUAAUGUAGCUGACUGAUUUUACUGUGCACUCAUUUUUUUAAAUUCUAACUUUGUCAUAGCUUUGAUUGUAAGAACUAAAUUUGUUACUUGUGGACUCUUUGUAAAUUCAGCCAAUAUAGAGAUUUAUAAAAAUAUACAGGGGCGUCCAUCCCCAAGGACAAAGCUGAAUAUUGACUUCUUAAGGUUACAGAAAAGGACACAGUUUGUUCUAUAGUGUCUGGGUGUUGGGCAUGAGUGAUUGUGCAUCAGAGAGGGUUGGAGAGCAAGCCUCUCUAUAUGAUCACUGUAGACCCUCGGAUAUCCCUUAGCAUUACAAUUUUCACAUUCAAUGUCCAUUUUUACUAUCGAAAUAGGCAAAAAAAUAACAAUUUUCUAACCAGUUUCCCUUCACCUGAUGGAAAGAUAACAAGGACAAAUCAUCAGAAAUGGACAAAAGAUGAUUGCAGCACUUAGAUAUGAACCCACAUCAUGUAACAGCGGUCAGAACACCGUGACCUGAAUCGUCUAAUUCUGCUGAAACAGGGAAAUUCUGUAAGUUUGGUCAUGGGUACAUUUCAAUAAUGUAAGUUGUGAGACUAUAGCGAUGUAUUUCCCUCUGUAAAGUCCUGUCUAUCUUGUAGGAAAGGAAGUACUGAAGCUGGUCUCUUUUAGCAUUUUGAGAAUUCAGCCUUACAGCUGCAGCUCGUAUACUUAUGGGUCAAUUAGCAACCUUCCUAAUAAGAAAACACUUCUUGAACAUUAAUAUUGUUCAGUAACUUCCUCCAAAGCAAGAGAUCCCGAGGGGCUCCAUAGCAGGCUUAAGAGAGGUAGCAUGUCCCAGGUCCAGCUCAAGGUCUCCUCCAGUUGUACAUGCCUGGUUCACUUCUGCCCAAACUAUCCGCUCUGAGUGGAGAGGCAGCAUCCUGAAGGAAUAGUUUGACAUUUUGGGAAAUGCAUCUGUUUACUGUCUUGAUACCACUCAUUUUUGUACGGUGAAUAUGAAGCUGCACCCAGCAGCUAUUUGGCUAGUUAGCUUAGCAUAAAGACUAGAAGCAGGGGGAAACGACUAGCCUGGCUCUCUCCAGCAGUAACAAAAUCCUCUUACCAGCACCUCUUCAGCUCACUAGCCUUAUGAUUACCAUCCAGACAUCAGAGAGGAACUUCUUAUCUAAGAAAGCAAAUUAACACAUUUACCAAACUGUCAAACUAAUCAUUUAAUACAGCGGUUCUCUGAGAUUUCCUACUUGUAUCCACAAUCUCAACUAUUUUAGUUAUUACUGAGCCAAUGAGGAACACAGAGAAAGCAGGAAAUCACUACAGCCUAUUACAGCAGCUGGGGUCAGCCUCGUGAUGCCCUUUAUCCUCACACGACGUGAAACAAUCUUAAUUAUCCCAAGUUUCAAUAAAGGACAAUGACUCUGUUUUUAAACUUGAA